GCAAACUAGGAUGCUCGGACAAGGGAAGUCGUUGGCAUUCCAACCAAAGAGCAUAGCAACCUGCAAACCUUGCAGCAUAACGAAUGUAGCGCACAUCCGGCGACAAGCGCCGGUUGCGCGGGCAUCACCGAAUGCAGGGGAAACAUCGCCCACGACCUCCACGCAAACCACAGCGAAGCCAGGCGCACUGGACCUACAGGCCAAGAUGGAGUUCCUGCGCGAGGACCUGGCACACCUGUUUGACGACCAGGGCAUUGACCCCACGGCCUACGAGGAGGUGGUGGACUUCCGCGACCCCAUUACGCGCUACGACUCCCUCGGGGGCUAUCUGUUCAACAUCGCCUUCCUGCGCCGCGCCUUCGACCCGGCCUUCACCCUGCACGACAUCAUUGUGGACCCCCACAUCGACAACGCCAUCACCACCCGCUGGACCAUGAGCAUGCGCUUCACGCCCGCCGGUUCGCUACCGACAAAGAAGUACUGGAACCCCACCAUCACCUUCACCGGCACGUCGACCUACGUGUUCAAUCCCAACUCGGGCAAGAUUUUCCGCCACAUCGACACAUGGGACAGCAUCAGCAAUCAGGAGUUCUUCUCUGUGGAAGGCUUUGUCGACUUCUUCAAACAACUGCUGUCCUUCUACUCCACACCCACACUGGAGACGCCCCAGUACACAAUCCUCAGGCGGGCGCGUGACUACGAGGUGCGGCGCUACGAGCCGUACGUGGUGGCGCAGACGGACAUGGAGGCGGCGGGGCAGCUCAACCGGGAGGUGCUGCGUAGCGGCCAGGUGUCGGUCAACCCGGCGGGCGCGGGCAACAAGGCCUUCAACACACUGGCGCGAUACAUCUUUGGCGACAACCAGGCGCGCGCCAAGAUGGCCAUGACCACACCCGUGUUCUCAGACACGGCCGGCAGCAUGCGCUUCGUGAUUGGGCAGACCACACUCAAGACGCUGCCCUCGCUGCCGCAACCCAACUCCAGCGCCGUGUCUCUGGAGCAAGUGGAGGGCGGCGUGUUCGCAGCACGUGUGUUUGGCGGCUAUGCCAAGGAGGCCGACGCGGCGCGGGAGGCGGGGGCCCUGAAGGCGGCGCUGACGCGGGACGGGCGCAAGGCGGCCAGCGGCGUGUGGACGUUGGCACGAUACAACGACCCCUCCACGCCGGCACCCUUCCGGCGCAACGAGGUGCUGCUGCCGCUGGAGGGCUACGAGCUGUGGAAGUAAGGUCUUGGAAGUGAGGUCUUGGAAAUGGGCUGCCAGAGUGAGGGAGUGAGUGUGCAAUAUGCGAGGGGCCUGUGUAGGUGUGGGGUGGGGCAUGGUCGCCGCAGGAACGAACCUCACCCAUAGCGAUGAUGCGGUGUCCGAGUUUGGAGCUCAGGAUUUAGGAGUCCUUUAGGGUGUGUAGGCCCUUGCCCUCCGUCUCCGAAACCGACACGUCCCAGUAUCCCAGUAUUGAGGCAAGAAAAUGGUGCGAAGGAUUUGUGGUGCAAGAGCAGGUGUGGGGCGCAGAGAGAGCAGCGCCCAUGUUUGUGGGAUGUGCCGUGGAAGGCAAAUUGUGGCGUCUAAUGCAGGGUUUAUCUAUAAAAUGUCUAUCAUCAGUCAAUGCAACGGCGAAGCUGUGGGGUACGCACCCCUGGUACGCAGAGUCAGAUUCAGCACUGAGUGUGGUAUGCUAUGCGCCACAUCUGAGGAAUGCAUGGUCGCAUGUUUGCGGACUUGCGGCCCGGUGGAAUGCCACCGGCCUGGAAGUUGUAUGGAAGGCAUUAAACAGGGCUGUCACAGGGCAAGAGAGUUUGUGAGGGAGAGCACAACAUGCGCGAACGUGGUACAGCGGCAGCAGUGUAUGAUAGCCAGUGGGCCGCCGUUUUAGCAGUUGGCUCGCCCCCAAAGGACCAUACAUUAGGGUUGUUUGCAGUUUUUGCGUUUUCGCCAAAGCGUGUAUGCAAAUAGCGGCUGCUUCGGAGUAUUUGUCAAGCGGAGAAACCUUUAAAAACAUGCCACACAGAAAAACUGGUAGAACAAGAGAAGGUGGCUCUCCCUUGCAAGGGAAAAGUG